CGGGCGGCCAGGCGCGAACGCGAACGUGUUGAACUAGAACGUUUCAUUCUUGGGUUUUGGAAAGACAACCGGCAACCAACGACUUGUUACGUUUGACGCUAGACUUGAAUUGAUUGUUAAUUCUUUGGAGUGAGUAGCUAACCAGCUCCAGCAAGAUGCAGAAACAACAUCAAGAGAGGCAGCAUGUUUUGGCUGCAGGGGCGACCAAGGACAACCAAUCAACCAGCCUCACAGUUCACUUGCAAACAACAACUGAUAGUGUGAUUAAGAUGAAAAUGCAAUUGGAAAGUGAAGUUAAGCAGAGAGACAGCAAAAUAGCUGAAUUGCAGAGCACCAUCAAGGAAAUGACGAAGAAUUUGAUUAAUCUGCAGCAGCACUCAGAAUCUCUCUCACACAAACUGCAGUAUGAACUGCUCAAACGUGGGAACAUCAUUGUCAAGGUUGAGUCCACCAGGAAUAUAUGCAGCACGCUGCAGGAGCAUAUCAAGUUUUUGUCAGACACUCUAAAGAGAUGUACGGAAGAGAAAGACCUAAUGAAAACAGUGCAGCUCGAGUACCUGACAGAGCUUGAGGCUCUUGUUAUCAAGACUCGAGAUUGCCAGAAGACUCUUAAUGAAGUCUCACAUCAGCGAGAUUGCAUCGUUCAAAAAUUUAACUUUGAGAAGCAAGCAAGGCAGAAACUUUUGGAGGAGGUGUCUGCAAUGAAACAAGAAUCUGCGAAGAUGUUGGAUGACGUCAAAGAGGCUGAAAAUGCUGCUAGAAGUAGGGAGGAUAAACUCGCUGAGCAGAUAAGCCAGAAGGAUGCUGAGCUUAUUGAGUUGAAAACUCUAAAUGAGAGUGUUUCUUCCCAACUGAAACAACUCGAGGAAACCUCUAAAGAGAAGCAGAUGAUAUUUGAUGCGGACAGGGAGAAAUUGGAGACUGCUAUUGCUGAGAGAGAUUGUUUUCUCUCUGAGAAAAAUGCUGAGUUAGAGAAAUGUAUGUCUGAAUUGCAAAGCAAGCUUAAUACAAUCCAUGAGUUGGAGAGGGAAACAACUGAACUGAUUGCAAGCGUUGCUUCAAAGGAGUCAGAAAUUUGUUUGCUCUCAAGCCAACUCUCUGCUGUCCAACAGGAGCUUCAUGAAAAGAUCUCCAGUUUGGACGCUAUGCUGUCUGAAAAGACCAGCUUGGAAGAAAAGGUCAGCGGGAUUGCCCCUCUUGAAGCAGAAAUUGAAGAACUGAAGGUUGCUUCCUUCAAUGCGUCGGAAGAGAUAAAAAACCUCUUGGAAAAAUGUGAAACGAGCAAUUCCAAAUGCUCUGAAUUGGAAAGCUUGCUUGUGGAGACCAAACUCCUGUUUUGCCAGGGAAAAGCUCAACUUGAAGAGCUUGCCUUGGAGGCUGGUUCGCUGAGAGUGAAGAAUGAAAACUUGGAACGAGAAAUGAAAAGUGCUUUGGAUAAACUGCAGCAAAGCAGGGAAAUAAUAUCCAACUUGCAAAACAAAGUGGAACUUGAAAUGAAAGAGAGGGAGAGUCUGCAACUCACUUUGGAUGUGCUGAAAUCAUCCAAUGAAACAGAAUCAGGGGAAAUGACAAACAAAGUCGCUCAGCUCAGCAGUUUGUUGGCCAAAUCUAAAACAGAACUGGCUAUGAAAGAUGAGGCUAUUACUAACUUAAUCAAUCAGAUCAGCACACUGCAAAUCUCACUGGAUGAAGCCUUGGAGCUAAGGUCAAAUGAGAGGAAAGCUUUGGAAAGCAAAACCAGCAACCUCAACAAAGAACUUGAUGGAAAAGCCAAAGAAAUUGACGCUCUACUGAAAACAAGCAAAAUGCUUCAGGAAAAUGUCGUGCGUUUUGAAGAAGAGAUUUCGCAGAUGCAAAAUCAGCUGAAGGAGGCAGCCACUGAAAAAGAAGUGCUGCUCAGUGAGAAAAAGGAGUUGGAAAAGACCCUAAAAAACACCAACUCUGAGAAAAACUCUGCGGAAACCAAAUUGAAACGACUUGAGACCAAGGCUAACAAUUUGGAGAAGGAGAAGAAAGAGUUGAAGGCAAAGAUCUCUAAAGCCAAGGCUGAAAGCAUUCAAGACGCUGAGAGGAAGGACCAGGCUAUCAGUGAUUUUGAGGAAGCCCUCAAAGAAAAGGAUGAGCAUGCUGCUGAGCUUGAACAGACUAUCGCUGACUUGAAAAAAGCCAGUGAAGAGGAGCUGAGCGCCCAUGAAGCAAAGCUUAAUGAUUCAGUUGCUGAAAAUAGCAAACUAGUGAGUAAAGUUGAGCAGAUGAACAAGCACGUCGCAGAAUUGGAGGCUAAAGUAGCACAGCUGAACUUGCAGCUUUCGAAUACAAUCAAGAAUUUGGAUGAAACUGCUGACAAAUAUGAGUCUCAAAAGCAGAAGUUGAAGGAAAAGAUCAAAUUCUCUGAGCAAUUGAUCACUUCAAAGGAUGCUGAAAUUGUGAGGCUCUCUCAGUCAAGCCAAACCAACACCAAAAAGUUAAAUUUUGAAGUGGUCGCAUCCAAGACAUCAAUUAUGAGGGGUCCUGAUAAGACCAAGAGGCUGUUCACCAAGAAGAUCAGGUUCAGAGACAAUGUGAGCUUCAUUAGCUGGGACGGGGAAGAGGAUUUCAUCAGUUCGGGAAACUUGACUCCUGGAACGCCUGUCAAAACACAGGCAGUGCCAACUACGCCUCGAAAGACACAACUGAGGUCUCCGAUGAGGAAAAUUUCAAGUUAUGAUGAAGAAGAUGAGAUGCAUCAAAAUGUUGAAGCAGGAAAGAGUAGCAAGCAGAAUGAGAGGCGAUAUCCAACGCCCAUGAAGCGUUUGACAACGGCCAGUGGUGAUGGCCCUGCGAAGGCCAAGAAGUUCCGUGGUUAAAUUGUCUCUGGAUGUAUUGUGCUUUUUCUUGAAGUCACAUGAAGUAGGUGGCAUCUUUUGUUUGUUUUAUUUUUAAUUAAUGAUUAGCUCAUGUUAGCGUGGAAAAUAUUUUCAUUGAAGUAGUAACACACGCUUAUAUAGCUGCGUACACUGACGUAACAGCAGAGACAAAAAUGUGUUAUCCGUGUUAUCGUUUCUGUUAAAACUGUCUGGAAAUCGCAAUUGUUGAUGCUUUGGUUUUACCUGCUUUGUUGUUACAUUGCUUAGUCCAAUAUUGUGGCUUUUCAUUUGUUAGAAUGUUAAAAAUAUUCUAGAUCGCUUAAAUUGCCAGGCUGAACAAAAGUAAUAAAAUGAAUCAAUAUAAAUAUAUUUUAUGCUCAAUAGCCAA